CACGGUUCCAGCCAGCCUUCGCUAGGCGUCACACUCCGGUGUCGUUACGAUGGAGCUAGUGCUGCCGGUUAUGGUGGCGAUCGCCACGAUCAGUCUUGCCGCCGUACGCCCAACGGAAGCAUCCUGCUACUUCCCGUUCGAGUUCCAGGGCGAGUACAUCACGCAGAACACCGUCACGGCGGAGGGCGCGGUGCGCUACAGCCGGAUCAACAUCACCGAGAGCGCGAUCCCGCUGUGGGGUAGCUGCCACAAGCGGCGCGACAACAACGUGAUCCUGAUGACGGGCUCCGAGGACGCGAGCUGCUUCCGGUGCUUCCACCUGAAGCUCGCCUCGAAAAACGUGCUACGCGUGCUGGCCGCCGACAGCGACUACAUCUCCAAGUGUCACACGAACGAGGAGAAAGCGAUGGCCUCCUGCCUGUCCGAGGACGACGUGCUGAACGAGGCGAAAAAUACCGAAAUCAUUCUGUACAAGUUCCGCGACUACGAUGGGGUGGCCGUCCGGCAGGAGUACUGCCCGAUCCACGGCCGGUACCGGAUGACGUACAGCAUGGACAGCAGCGACACGACCGACGGCACCGUCGAGUGUGACUCGGACGAGUCCGAGGUGGACAACUGUCCGUCCGGGUCGGCACUGAAUCUUCACUUCCGCAACUGUGGCUUCGCGGACCGCGAGGUAACGUUCGAGUGUCUCGGCCACUGGCGUGGGUUCCGCAAUCAGAACUAUCUGGCGCUGCUGAGCACUGGCGACGACACGCACCUCGGACCCAAGUACCGGUGUGCCACGUACACCGAGAACCCGAAGACGGGCGUCAUCGAGAUCGCGUUCAGCCGGGAUUCGACGUGCCGCUCGAUCGAACGUCAGUACGUGCGCCACCCGAACUCGCGCUACACCAACGGGAACGGCAUCGGGAACGAGUACCACCACGAGCUGCUCACCCUGCGGCCCAUUCCGCUCGAGUUCGGUCCCGUCGUCCAGUACUGCAGCUUUCCCAGCUGGCUGAUCGGACGCUGGGAGCACGUGACCGUCAGCCAGAACCAGCUCGUCUACAAAGACCAGAACUCCUUCAAGACGUACACGAUGAAGUGCGUCAAGAACUACACCACCAACCACGACACGAACAAGUUCAUCGUCUACAGCCAAACGCAGUGUGGCGAGGAAAUGUACCAAUGCCUGAAGAUCGAGCGGCGCGACACGAACGUGUUCGAGUUCCAGAUCAGCAGCCGCCACUCGGCCAACUACACCGCGACGAUCUGCAACGAUUUCUACUUCAACGAUGACCGGUGGCUGACGCAGGGCCGGCUCGACAGCAACGACAUCGUAUCGCCGUGCCCGAUCGUCGGCGAGUUCGCCGGCAUCAUCCCGGACGACGACGGGUUGUGCGCGAAGCUGUCGUCCGAGUGCGAAUCGCAGGACAUCAUGUACUAUCAGAUCUCCGGCUGCGACGAUAAGAGCGAGGUUUACGAAGAGCGGGAGUACCGGUGCCUGGGCCAGUGGACCCACCGGAACAUCGUGUACACCUACACGCAGCGCCGGGACGUCGGAACGUACGAGUGCUUCGUCGGCACGAUGCUCUCUGAUCGCCAGAUCUUCAUCAAGGAAGCGGGCGAGCACUGCCAGCGGGACGUGAACCCGCACCGGUUCGGGAUGGAGCUGAACAAGGUGGCCCACUGCACCCAGCCGGAGGUGUUCAAGUCGUCCGCGCGGCCCACGCACAAGUACCUGGACGUAGCGAACCAACCGACGCCACGACCCGCCACGUCCAUCAACACUGACCGCGGUGGCGGUUCUGGUGGUAACAGCGCGAUCAACGGCGGCGGCGACAGCGUAUCUGGCGGCACCCACGGAACCCAUUUCCACCAAAGUUCCUCGCCCUCCGUGGUGCUGCCGCCGUCGACGCCAUCGCCCCCAUCGUCCACGAUACGAAGCAGUGGUGGUGCGGCCACCGGUGGCUCCGGCAGCCACCCUGGCCAAAGCGGCAGCACCGGAAGCAGUGGAAGCAGCAGUGGUGCCAGCGGAGCCAACCGUCCGCCGUACAGCACCAACACGAAACACGAACCGGCCUCGGUGAAACCGGGCACCGUCGGCUCCACGGCCGCGCAUGUACAGUCGCACCUUAACUAUUUAUUGUUAGCAACGAUUAUCUGUGUUAUCCUAGGUCAUAAGAAGUUUAGCUGUUAA